GGGGGAAAACAGAAGAAGAGGAUGGUGGGGGAAGGAGUCAUGGCUGAGUACGGGACCCUCCUCCAGGACCUGACAAACAACAUCACCCUUGAAGAUCUGGAACAGCUCAAGUCGGCCUGCAAGGAGGACAUCCCCAGUGAAAAGAGUGAGGAGAUCACUACUGGCAGUGCCUGGUUUAGCUUCCUGGAGAGCCACAACAAGCUGGACAAAGACAACCUCUCCUACAUUGAGCACAUCUUUGAGAUCUCCCGCCGUCCUGACCUACUCACUAUGGUGGUUGACUACAGAACCCGUGUGCUGAAGAUCUCUGAGGAGGAUGAGCUGGACACCAAGCUAACCCGUAUCCCCAGUGCCAAGAAGUACAAAGACAUUAUCCGGCAGCCCUCUGAGGAAGAGAUCAUCAAAUUGGCUCCCCCACCGAAGAAGGCCUGAGCAAGGGGGAGGAAGAGGAGGAAGGUUGGACCUUCAUCGGACCACUCCCUUCCCCCAUCCUCCAGGGGAGGGGGCAAGGGCAACCCCCCACCUACCCACUUACUAACCUGGUCCUAACCCCCUUUCUGUGCGCGUGUGUGUGCGUGUGCGCACGCUCUGGCUGUCUGUCUAUAUGUCUAGCUCAUCUAGUUCCUCCUUGUGAGGGGAUGGGGGUCAAGGGCUGGGGGAGGGAGCAUAGUUUCCCCACUCUAGAGGGAGGUGGAGGCUGUUUCUAUGCAAGUGGAAAUUGGCACAUUCCUGCUACUUCUCUAUGCUCCACGUUCCCCCCACAUCUUUAAAGUGUGGAAGCAGAAGGACCUGCAUUUUCCACACGAGGAGCUGAGGUGGGGGUGAGGUAGGGAAGAGGUGGAUGGAUCUGAGGAAGAGCAGAGAGAAGGGAGGGAAGAUGAAGAGGCUACCCAGCCCCCACCUGGAAGGGGCAGAGAAAAGUCAGAGUCAGUGUUUGUCCUGCCAUGCUGGACUGGCUCCAUGGUCCAGUUUCCUGCUGUUCCUUGGGUUGGAGGGCUGGGGUGCCAGCAGGUCCUUUUUUUGCUCCCCUCAUGGGCCCAGGAUAGAGGUAUGAGCCAGGCAUCUAAUGAGAGACCACUGGAUCCUUUCGUAGCCCCUAACACUAAACUCCAUGGAGCAGCCAUGCCCAUGCCCAUUUGUGCUCUGGAGAUUCUGCUGGGAACACGCCCCACUGAGCCUGAGAUGGGGAUGAGGGCAGAGGCAGGGGAGCCCCCCUUUCCACUUCUUUAUUCCUACUCAGACUGUUGCACAUACAGACUUUGAACCUAUGGAGGUUGGCGAAUGAGAUCCUUAGGUUUUAACCCCAAUCCUGACCCCACCUACAGGGUCCCAGCGUGGUUAUUGCAGGCAACCUUCCCUUUCUCCUUGGUCAAGAACACCUCAAGCCAGAAGGAAAUUAACUACAGUGUUUUCCUUUGCACUGAUCCCCACCCCAGUCCGGUCUAGGAGGGGACUUAGUAACCUUUCUCACUUGAUAUCCUGGCCCCUUGGGCUUGUGGACGCCUCCUAGCCAAAUCACUAGAGUACAGUGAGUGACCCCAGCCUCCUGCCUAUCCCAAGAUGCCACUCCCCACCCCGACCGUGCUAACUGUGUGUACAUAUAAUUCUACAUAUAUGUAUAUUAAACCCGCACUGCCAUGUCUGCCCUCUUUUGUGGUGUCUAGCAUUAACUUAUUGUCUAGGCCAGAGUGGGAGUGGGAAGGGAAUGCCACAGUGAAGGGAGUGGCAGAGUCAAAUUGCUACAUAGUCCACACAAAAAAGAAAGCUCUUUAAAAAAACAUUAAUUCGCAUGCAAUCUCAAAGACUAUUUAGAGAAAGCUGAAGCUAGGAGCUUUUAGGAUGUAGGAGCAAAACUUUGGUGGGAGGAGAGAGUUGGCUGUUGGGAGAAGGAAGAAGCCAGACUAGUUAGAGAGUACCCUUGACUCCUAGCCUAGCCCAGCCCAGCCUGCCCAUCCCCUCUGGCCACUGCUGCGGACACCUGCCUUAACACACACACCUCGAGGACUCCACGGUUUUGCCUUAAAGGACCUUCCCGAGUCUCCCCAGCCUUGUCUGGCUUCUCCCUUAAGAAGAGAGAUAGUUGUAGGAUUGGAAGGGGGGAAAUGAGCACGACCCGUCCUUUCAUUUGGGAUAUGUCAUAUGAGAGCGAGGAAGAGAACAUGGAGUCUUCCUUACGGAAGAAAUGGGAGAAGAGAGACAGGGUCAUCUUCAGCAGAGUCUACUAGUUUCUCUGUAAGGCAAAAUAAUCUAGAAAGACUAACCGGCCCACCCACCCCUUGUAGCUGUGAGAUGGUCUCUUUCCUGUGCUCCUCUGUCUGCAGUGUGCACGGCCUUGUCCUAACCCUGGAAUAAAGGUGAUUGACUGUACUGUA